AUGGCAACCCCUCGUACCUCACUCAGAAGCUUCCUAGUCACCGCAAAAGACGCCAUUCGUAUUGCCAUAGACAACAGCCAAAAGAUCACGUUCGUGAUUGGCAACGAAUCAGCCGAUCUCGAUUCUCUGACCUGCUCAAUCCUGUACGCUUACCUCCGCUCAAGCUGUCCCCCUCCUCAUGCAUUCACACCGCUCUACGUCCCUGUCGCGAACAUACCGUCCUCGGGGAUACAGCUCCGUCCCGAGCUACUUGCCCUUCUGCCCCGCGCGAAUAUCGAAGCGAAGCAUUUGAUUACGCUGGAUGACGUACCGGAGCUGUCCAGCAUCAAGUCGAAAUUACGCCCGGAAAAUACCAAAUGGAUUCUAGUGGACCACAAUGCAUUACAGGGAACGCUUAGCAGCAUAUAUUCGGAACGAGUCGGAGGCGUCAUUGACCACCACGAUGAAGAGAACAAGGUCCCGGCGGAUACCGGUGAUGAGCCUCGCAUCAUCGAGAAAGCAGGUAGCUGCACGAGCUUGGUCACAGAAUACUGUCGUGGAGCGUGGGAUACCAUAUCAGAUACGGCGCUGUCAUCUGGCGCAGCUCAUGCACAGGGCGAUGAAGCAGUAGAAGACGGAGCGGUGAGAAGGCUAUGGGACGCGCAAGUUGCGCAGCUCGGACUGGCCAGCAUCUUAAUAGACACAUCCAAUCUGCAGUCAAAAGAAAAAACCACCGGACACGACGUCACCGCGGCUGAGUAUCUUGAGGCUAAGAUCAUGGCCUGCACGCAGGUGGCCGGCGGAUUUGACAGGACCAAGUUCUUCCAGCAGCUUGAUACGGCAAAGAGGGAUAUUGGGGGCCUCAAGCUGCAGGAUAUACUAAGAAAAGACUAUAAGCAGUGGACAGAAGGGGGUCUGAAACUCGGCAUCAGCUCAGUGGUCAAAUCCCUAAAAUUCUUGCAGGAGAAGGCCCAAGCAGAAGCGAGUGGGCGUUCCACUGCAGAUGUUUUCCACUCAGCGAUCCGCCAAUUUGCAGACGACCAGGAACUUGAUAUGUACGCCAUCAUGACAACGUCAACGUCGCCCGAAGGCAGUUUCCAACGCGAGCUUCUACUUUGGGCGUUCACAGCUGAUACCAUAGCCACCGCCCGGAAAUUUGAAACGAAUGCCGCGGGUGAGUUGGGUCUCGAGAGCUGGCACGGUCCAGACGGCAGGUCUCACGAUGAGGACGGCGAGAAAGACUGGAGGAAAGUGUGGCGGCAACGCAGUGUCCAGCACAGCAGAAAGCGGGUUGCGCCGCUGCUUAGGGAAGCCAUGAGUUGA